GUCGCCGGAUUGGACAAGAGUUCCUUUUCUUUCCUCUUCUCAGCUUCUGUAGAAGAUCGAGCGACCGAGUCGUAGAGCGAGCGAGUGUCAAGAAAGUCCUGCUCAAAGAGCACUGGUAAGUAAGCGCAAAGAAGAAGAUCCGAAGGAAGAAAAGAGAAGAACCUUUCACGAUGAUCAGCGCGCACGACUUCUAUGUGGUGAUGAGCGCCGUGGUGCCGCUCUACGUCGCAAUGAUCCUGGCCUACGGCUCCGUCCGGUGGUGGAAGAUCCUCACUCCGGAUCAAUGCGGCGGCAUCAAUCGCUUCGUGGCGAUCUUCGCGGUCCCACUCCUCUCCUUCCAGAUUCUCGCCACCAACGAUCCUUACAAGAUGAACGCGCAGUUCAUCGCCGCCGACGUCCUCCAGAAGCUGGCCAUUCUCGCGGUUCUUCUCGUCUGGUGCCGCUACUCCAACAAUGGAAGCAUGGAGUGGACUAUCACUCUCUUCAUGCUGGCCACGCUUCCCAACACUCUGGUCAUGGGGAUCCCUUUGCUCGCAGCGAUGUAUGGCACCGAGUCUGGAAGUCUCGUCGUCCAGGCAGUGGUCCUCCAAUGCAUCAUCUGGUACACGCUGCUGCUCGUCUUCUACGAGUACCGCAGUGCCAGGAACCUCAUCCGGGACCAGUUCCCCAAGACCGCUGCGUCCAUCGUCUCCUUCAAAGUCGACUCGGAUGUAGUCUCUCUGGAUGGAAACAGAGAGCCCAUCCAGGCCGACGCGGAGAUUGGUGACGACGGUAAGAUUCACGUCACUGUGCGGCGCUCCACUGCUUCCAGGCACGACCUCUAUCCUCCUUCUCCCAUCGCGUCCUCGAAAGCUCUCACGCCGCGGCCUUCCAAUCUCACCGGAGCUGACAUCUAUUCGAUCCACUCCUCGAGGAACAUGACCCCGCGGGAGUCCAGCUUCAACCACGCCGAGUACUACUCCAUGAUGAUGAUGAUGCCGGCUUUCAACAAUCCACCACCACCGCCGCCGCCGCCGCCACCUCGCCACUCGAGCUUCACUGCCUCGGAUAUCUACUCGCUCCAUUCUUCCAGGGGGCCGACGCCGAGAACUUCCAACUUUAACAUCGAAGAGCAGCACCGGCCGUCGACAAAGUCCGCUCCUCCACCGUCUCGGAUGAUUCCUCCUCCUGUUCCUGCUCCACCCCCUGCCCCUGCUCCUCCAGCUCCAGCUCCAGCUCUCAAUGCUGCUGCCAGCAAGAACGACCUCGUCCAUAUGUUCGUGUGGAGUUCCAGCGGCUCUCCAAUUUCCGAAGGCAAUGUCCGAAUGCUCAACGAUGACUUCCGCUCCAACAAUAACAAGGACGUCCGGCUUCUCGUAGGUGACGAUGACGAUUCAACGGCAACAGCAGCGUCCGGAGCUCCUCACGACUUUAGCUUCGGUCACGCUGGAGGAGUGGACGAGGGCAACAGCAGCACCAACAUUCCUGCUCGAAAUUCCAGCUCCGGCUUGGAAAUGCCUCCGAAGAACAGCAGCAACCUCGCGGACGAUCAGCCGACCGAGAUGCCCUCUGUUGGUGUCAUGACCCGGCUCAUCGUGGACAUGGUGUGGAGAAAGCUGAUCCGCAAUCCCAACACGUACUCCAGCUUGCUCGGCCUCGGCUGGGCUCUCGUCGCCUACAAGUGGCACGUCAGGAUGCCGGCUAUCAUCGACAACUCCAUCCAAAUCUUAUCCAAGGCCGGACUCGGAAUGGCCAUGUUCAGCUUAGGCCUGUUCAUGGCAUUGCAGAAGCGCAUUCUGGUGUGUGGCACAUCAAUGGCGUUGUUCGGGAUGGUGGUACGCUUUGUAACAGGCCCUGCGGUAAUGGCAGCAACUUCCAUAGCUGUCGGCCUCAAAGGUGUCAAUCUCCACGUCUCUAUAGUACAGGCCUCGCUUCCCCAAGGCAUUGUCCCAUUCGUCUUCGCGAAGGAGUACAACGUGCAUCCAGACGUCCUCAGCACAGCGGUGAUAUUCGGCAUGCUGGUGGCCUUUCCCAUCACAAUGCUCUACUACGUGCUCCUGGGCCUGUGAGGGAGAGUGGCGUGAAUUCAUCACCUCCAAACAUUUCUCUCAACUUCUCAACCGAUCGCUGCUUUACUGCCGCUGCUGCUUUUGUAAGUGUCUGCCGACUAUAACUUACGGACGAUCGAUGGAGCUGGCUGGCUGGUUGGCCGCUUUGGCUGGCUCCAGCUCGAUUCAACUUGUUUUCAGCCCAAGAGUUGAAGGAGCUGCUGGUGUCCGACUCAUAUUCACCCCCCGUGGUGUCUGCUAUAAUUUUUGUUGGAGCGAGCACCAACUGGAGAUUCAGCUGCCAGAGAUCCAAGUAGCUAGCUAGAAAACAACCGUCCUUGUGUCUGCUUGUAGCUAGUAGCAAAGCAUGGCCCCCUGCUGCCUCCGUUGUACUGGCUGGCUGGCGGAUGGGCCGUCUGGAAAUUUUUUGAGCUCUGUAGACUUCAAAAAAGUAUAACAACAAACCCACCGGAGUGCGUGCU